GACGAUCUUUGGAGAAAGGCAAGACCCCCAGCACCGGCGGAAAAAAUCCACUGCGGUGCCGUCCAAAGCCAGCCGAAAUUUCAAUUUUCGGUACCAGCGAAGCAAUGAGCAAGUGCUGCUGCAGCACACAAAGGAUUACGAUCCCGUCCGGCUGGUCGACUCCGAUGUCCACAGCUGCCCCGUGCCGUG